AUGGCGAUUCAGGAUUGGGGCCUUCUGUCCCAGGCAGACGAAGAUGCGCUCCACAACGUAUCCCGACUCCUCGCCGUCGAGGCACGACCGUACAUUCACGCCGCUGGUCGCCUUCUCAAGUCCGAUUUCUUCGACGAUGCGCGCCCAAAGCAGCUCCCGUCUCCCCCUCCAGAUGCCUCCGCCGCCGAGGAAGCUGCAGCCGCAGUUGCAAUUGAGCGCGAGCAACAAGCACAUGACAUCGAGCUUUGGCGAAAAGAUAUAAUGAACGAGCUAUCGCUUCUGGACUUCGCCAUCCUACGAUCCGAGUUCACUACGAACAGUAAUCACACGGAGCGCGAACGAUAUGCGGUGGAGAAGGACGGCAUCACGGCGAAGCAGCAGCAUGUGAAGAACACUAUAGAGGAGUUACGAGAACAGCUUGUCGAAGCGAAAGAAACAUUAGCAGUUCGUAAGACGUACGACGAGUUGACCGAGAAGAUCACCAGUAGCAAGAUGCUCAAACCCCGGGACGAGCAGGCUAUAGCACACGCAAAGUUAGACGAAGAGAUCGCAGAGCUGGAGUACGAGGUACAGUCAGCAAAGAACACCUGGAGCGAGCGGCGCACACAAUUCGGACGCCUCGACGAGGAGGCACGAGAAAUGUUGCGCAUGAUCAAGGACGAGAAGGAGGAGGCUGAGCGCAAAGAGGGCAUGAUGAAGGAUGGGGACGAGGAUGGCGAGCACGAAGGUAGCACCUCUAGGGGAGAUGUUAGUCACGUUGGCACCCCCAGGCCAGAGGGGGGGUUGACGCCGGUACACCUUAGCCAGAGUGGAGAAGGUUCCUCAAUGCUCCGAGUGCCACCACAAGAUAGACUGAAGCCGCUGUCGAGGGAAGUUAGCGUCGUAGCAUCUCCGGCUAGGUCUGGUGUUGUUGAGGACACUGACAUGGCAGAUUCAGGUGCAAACUCUGGAGACGCUAACGCGGAUGAUUCGUCCGGGUUGGAGGAGGGAGAAGACUUAGAGGAUGGUGAAGACGACGGGGAGGACAGAUCAGCGUCCAAGAUGGAUGAAUCAUGA